ACCUCAACAAAUAUGUUGUAUUUUUUUUUCAUCAGUUCAGAUCAUUUGCCGGUGAUGUUGAGCGAUUUGGUUGUGCAGAUUUACGACGAUCAAUUUAAGCCGUCCUGUCUCAACAACAGACCCAAUAUUGUCCUACCGGGUUAUGCGCUUCUACUGAAAGGUCAACUAAAUAUAUCCAAAAAAUUCGAGCUCAAGAAUCACACGUUCAUCAAAAUGACUGUCGUUAACAGUGACGGUACAUUGUACUGCAAGAAUGGUGAAAGUGUGAUGUGGUUCAUACCAGCUGAUUAUUGUUUAAUUGACCUCUGCGAAUUCAUAGGCGAUAAGCUAUGCUCAGUAUUGGGCAGGCCUGGAAUGCAUACCGUGAAAGAGCUUAUGGAAAAAGCACAUUUUAACCCAAAAUUACAACUACCCGAACCACCGUGCUUUAUGAUGGUCUGUUUGACGGACUUCUUUGGUGGUGACUGGACGGUCUUAAUUGCAGUGGAAUAUCGUGGCAAAGUAGUGUUUCGUUUCAAAGUGCCCUCCCGAGAGAAGUUUCUUCAAGUGGCAGCCGAUCAAGAUUACGAUCAAGAGCAAAACAGCAAGUAA